AUGAACGGUCUCGAUCUGUCUCGACCCAUGGUCGACUACAACAAGAUGAACGGAAGCAGCGACGAAGGCGAGUCGACGUCGGGUACGCCGGCCGGCGGAGGCACGGGGGGGACUGGCGAAAACCAGGAUAUGGAAGAAAACGGUUCGAUCCGUGGCGGUAGCAACAACUCCGCCUACAAUCUGGUGUACAGGGACCUGAAGGCUCUUCACGUGACCAACGUGCACGACGUGUCCCAGGACUACAACUCGCAGUCGAGGCCGGCUUAUCAACGCAGUUACUCGCCCGCUAUGGACAAGCAGCAGCAGAAUUACGAGAAGGAGCAACACAGACCACCUUCGUCCAGGGACGAGGAGAAAUCAUCGUGGGACUACGGCGAGAAGGCUGACAGAAAGGAGUACUCGAGGUCGCGGGACGUCGUCUACAGGAGCGAAGCUUACCAGGACGCGACGAAGCAGGAACAGAAGGAGCAAUCUAACCGCGAGUGGGUAUCACCGGUGCCGGAAGUCGAGGUGGGAGGCUCGGCACCGGGCGGCCCUCAGGUUCGAGCGCGGAAGGACAUUCCACGGGGCGCGAGAUUCGGUCCUUACCUUGGCAAAUGGGCCAGCGAGCCUUUCAACCCCCGCUACGCGUGGGAGGUUCGUACCGCUGGAAGUGGAGUGAGGGGGUGGUUGGACGCAUCCCACGAAACAAAUAAUUGGUUGAAGUAUGUUCGAAGCACUAGCAGUCCGCACGCCGUUAAUAUGCGACACGUGCUUAUUGGUGGACAGAUGGUGUACGAGGCGGUCCGGGACAUAGCGGCUGGUGAAGAGCUGCUUCUCGGUGUUCGAGAACCUCUUCAGCUUCAGGACAUGCUCGGUGAAAAUACUACCGAGGACCGAAGCGACCGAGAGACCGCCUCUCAACACAGUGGUACCGUAGACGAGGACAAGGAGGACGAGGAGGAGGGUGAGACCAGAUGCCCCGUCUGCGACAAGCCGUUCCAAGAUAUCGAACUAUUGGAUAGCCACCUGGUCACCUGUCACAAGUAUCCAGCGGAACAUCAUCGUUGCGACAGCUGUCCACGAGCGUACGCCUGGCGACCACUGCUGGUUCGUCACCGUGCCAUCGUUCACGGUGAUCUACGCAACUACCCCUGCGAGAAUUGUCCAAAGUCGGACAAAUCGCAGGUCUUCACGGACCCGUCGAACCUCCAGCGUCACAUCCGGACACAUCACGUGGGCGCGAGGAGUCACGCGUGCACCGAGUGCGGGAAGACGUUCGCGACCAGCUCCGGUCUCAAGCAGCACACUCACAUCCACAGCAGCGUGAAACCGUUCCAGUGCGAGGUGUGCUUCAAGUCGUACACGCAGUUCUCCAAUCUAUGCCGACACAAACGCAUGCACGCGGACUGUCGCAUGCAGAUCAAGUGCGGUAAAUGCGGACAGUCGUUUAGCACGGUCACCUCGUUGUCGAAGCACAAGCGAUUCUGCGACUCUACCCCGUCGACCGGUCCACCUGGCACCAUGCCGCAAUUGCCAACCCCGGCGCCUAGUCCUUUCCUCGUCUAUCCCAGACCUCCCGUCAGUCUCCCGGGAGGAUUGCCCUUCUAUCCGCCCAGUCUGAUGGGACCUUACCCAGGAAUCUUUCCGAAUGCUCCGAAUUUCUUGAACACGCCUCUCCUCUUCCCGCCGAAAGUCGAGGAAGCCGAGAAGAGGAGCGACAGUCCGAAGAAGGAACGAUUCACUCCGCCGAGAGUGCUGCCGCAGCACAGUAAAGUCUCUCCAUCCACCGCCGAGGAGGCUACGUCCUCGUUCAGACCAUCCCCUGCUAGACCACCCAUCCAACCCACUCCGGAGAGCGACGACCAUCCUGCCAGGAAACGCAAGAGGAGCAGGAGCAACGAGAAGAAAGUGGACUCGGAGCACGUUCCAUCGACCACGAACGAAGAGACGACGGAUCAACCCCUGGAUCUGAGAGUGCAAACGAAGAGGCAAAGGACAAACUCGAACACCGCCGAGAGAAAGAGUCGCAGCCCGUCGCCGACACCAGCGCCGAUAGAGGAAGACCCACCGCCUCCGGAUCCUCCGAAACCAGAGGAAGAGACCCCGUUGUCCAUGGAGAUGGAUUCCAAGGACGUGCCCAAUAGUCCACAGCUGAGAAACAGUCUAUCCACCGAGCAACCGCCUACCAACACUCCACCGCACAUGGCGUACCCUAGACCGAUCCACCCUAUGUUUCUAGAAGCCAUGUAUCGCGGUCCAACCAGUUCCUUCCCGGGAUUCCCAGGUGGCCCACCACCUCCCGGAAGCGCGACCCCGGAAUCCAGACUGUUACCGCCGUUACCACCGUUCGGGCCACCGCGAGGACUACCUUUUUUAGGGACUCUGAUGAACGGGCUCAGCGGUGCUAGGCCAGGAGGCGGUGGAUUCGAUCUGCUCGCCAGGCCGCCGUUGGGACCGUUCCCCGGCGUGAAACCGUUCCAAGAGGCCGUGAUUGCGUCGCAUCAUCAUCACCAUCAUCAUCACGCUCACGGCAAGAUGAAGGAUCGGUACUCCUGCAAGUUCUGCGGCAAGGUGUUCCCCAGAUCGGCCAAUCUGACCAGACACCUGCGCACGCAUACCGGGGAACAACCGUACAAGUGCAAGUACUGCGAACGAUCCUUCAGCAUCUCCAGCAACCUGCAGCGACACGUGAGGAACAUCCACGACAAGCAAAGACCGUUCAAGUGUCCUCUCUGCGAGAGGUGCUUCGGUCAGCAGACGAAUCUGGACAGACACCUGAAGAAGCACGAAGCCGAUGAUGGCAGUGGCGUUGUCUCCGUGGCGGAUUCUCCUGGCAGCAGCAACGAAAACGAACGGGAGGAUACGUACUUCGACGAGAUCAGGUCGUUCAUGGGAAAAGUGACCUACGGUGGCGAAGCUGGCUACGGAUUGCCGCCUCAUCCGGCCUAUUUGCCCAGUCGACUUCACGAGAUGCACGAGUCCAAGCUGGAAACCGAGUACGACGAGGACGAGGACAGCGAGGAGGGUGCCUCUCCGUUGGACGACGCGGAUGGCCUGUCGCCAGCAGAGACCAAGGAGUCCACCCCGCCGCCGCAAUACGAUCUCAAGCUGAGAGAGAAGCAGGAACUGCUCAACAACAACACGGCCGAGCCUGUCAUCGAGAUUUCCACAUAG